AUGUCCCUAGACCCCCUUGUUAUUCUUCGAGCCCUUGGCACUCGCAGCCACACGUGGAUGUCCCACAUUGGUAAAUUCAAAUGUUGGCAGCUGCACUUUUAUCUCCUCUCAUGGUCCUUCUGUCUCUGGUUGAUUCUGUUUUCUAUUUCUGAGCUUCACAGUCUGUUUGUCUCAGCACUUUCUGUCUUAUGUCUGCAGAAAAGCCCCGUGUUGUGCAUUGGAGAGGAACAGCCCAAAAACUGGUUCACUGAGCUGCAGGUGCUGAAAGGACAUUUUGACAUUGUUCGAUUUCUGGUGCAGAUUGAUGACUUCAGGUGUGCCUCAGCGGGGGACGACGGUCUUGUUUUGGUUUGGAAUGUUGAGACUGGUGAGAAGUUGCAGGAGCUGAGGGGCCAUUCCCAACAAAUAACAGCCAUAACGACCUUCACCUGUGAUAAUGGACACACGUCGCUGCUCACUGCGUCGUCAGACCGAAGUCUCAGUCUGUGGGAUCCUGAUACCGGGAACAGGGUUCAGACCAUUUCAGACCUUCAAUCUUCUGUAAAGGGCUUGCUGGUCUUAGAUCGACUAUCUGUGUGGCUUUCUGGUGGAGAAGAUCUGUGUGUGUGGAACAAAGAUUUUCAGCUGCAGUGCCACAAACAGAACCACAGUGACACCGGAAUAACGGCGAUGAUCGAGCUGCCCAAGAACUGCAUAGCAGCUGCUAUGGAUAAAGUCAUAGUUAUUUACAGAUUGUCUGUGUCUGGUUCUGAGAUGUCAUUAGCUGAGAUCCGCUGCCUAUCCGAUCACCAGGAUCACAUUCGAGCUCUCAUCAACGUCAACAAUUUAAUGUUUGCUAGCGGUUCCCAUGUGGGGGAGUUGAUCCUCUGGGACGCGAUUAGUUGGAACAUAUUGGUCUACGAGCACAUCCUGUGGGAAGAGUCGCAGACCUGCACUCCGGCUGAGAUACGGAUGGGCGCACCCAAACCCAGUGAAAUGUCCAUUCAGCACCUGUCCACCAAUGGAAAGUUCAUCUUGGCUGCUGUGGGCAGUGGCCUUUAUCUGUACAGUGUUCAGACUAAGUCCGUGUUGGCCUAUAAGAAGAUUGCCCACGACUCGAACAUCUUACACAGCGUGCUGCUCUCUGAUAGCGAGCUGAUGUCCUGUUCUGAAGACGGCAGUGUGAGGAUGUGGGAGAUACAAGAUCUGCCUUUACCCGCUGAACCGACUUCUGCAGGUUUCUUUGGGAUGUGGUCUUUUGGGCGCUCAAACAGACAGGCUGGUCCACCAUCAAAGAAGCUCGUGGACGUGCCAAACAUCAGGAUGCUCGAGCUGACGGGAGAUCUGAUUGGACAUUCGGGGGCGGUGCAGAUGUUUGUGAGCUACGGGGAGAAGGGUUUGGUGACGUGCUCAACAGACCACCUGCUGAUCCUGUGGAAGAACGGAGAAAGACAGUCGCACCUCCGCAGCCUGGCGCUUUUCCACAAACUGGAGAAGAAUGGCGGACUCUGACGUCUGAUCCCGGCCUUGCGGCCCCACGUAAAGGUGCAGACUGACCGAGUUUGAUUGUUGCCAUUUUAUUCAAAGAGCAGUAUUUAUUUAAAAUCUUAGCACAUGAUAAAUGGCUUGUCUCAGACACGGGUUGGUUUUGUUGUGGCAUUCCAGCAAGGUCAUUGCUUUUGUGCUGCUGCUGUGAUCACGUUUAGGAGGCUGUCAUGGCGCAGCAUGCGUGUACUCAGCACUGCCUCUGUGCUCCUUGCUGCACCUCUCCACACUCGAUGUAUAAGCCUCUUUAAGAGCCAUCUUUGGAGCGAUUUAACCACAUUUCCGGGAGGCAGUGAUUGUUUUUCUUUUUUUUCUUUGCAUCUGUGCAAACCAAAGCAGAAAAACCUCUUAGUGAGUUCUGAGGUGAACAGUGGAGUCACGACUACAUUCUGCACACAUGCUCUUUAUUACAGUAGUGUUCAGAAUAAU